CGUGCGCCACGCUCGUCCCGAUCCCUCCGCCGCGAGGCGCAGCGACGGCAACGACGCGGCCCGUUCACUCGGAAAUCGCCGCCGUGCCUCCGCCGCCCGGAGACGCCGGCGGGGAACUCGUUUCCCUCGGGCGCCCUCCGCCUCCCCGCACGGGAUUCCGGCGAGGCCUCCGCGGCGGCCGUGCCGGACAGGGACGCGCACGCUCGCCGGGCCGCGGCCGGCGUGGUGUCCCUCCGCCGUCGCCGCGGACUCCUUUUCGUGUCCUUCCACCGGGCCCGGGCGGUGUCCGGGUGGCUCACCGGGGGCGGCGGCUGCGGCGCGGCUCCGGGGCUAUGAGGACGAGAACAUUGAAAUCAUUCUCUAAGCUAUUAAAAGAGAGUGACUAAAUGCACCUGGGUCAGGCUGUCUGUGGGUAUGAAGUGGUUGGGAGAAUCCAAGAACAUGGUGAUGAAUGGCAGGAGAAAUGGAGGCAAGUUGUCUAAUGACCAUCAGCAGCAUCAAUCAAAAUUACAGCACACGGGCAAGGACACCUUGAAGACUGAAAACGCAGUUGAGAGGAGAUCAAGCAGAUGUAAUGGUAAUUCAGGAUUCGAAGGACAGAGUCGUUAUGUACCAUCUUCUGGAAUGUCUGCCAAGGAACUCUGUGAAAAUGAUGACCUAGCAACCAGUUUGGUUCUUGAUCCCUAUUUAGGUUUUCAAACACACAAAAUGAAUACUAGCGCCUUUCCUUCGAGGAGCUCAAGGCAUUUUUCAAAAUCUGACAGUUUUCCUCACAACAACCCUGUGAGAUUUCGGCCUAUUAAAGGAAGACAAGAAGAACUAAAGGAAGUAAUUGAACGUUUUAAGAAAGAUGAACACUUGGAGAAAGCCUUUAAAUGUUUGACUUCAGGAGAAUGGGCACGGCACUAUUUUCUCAACAAGAAUAAAAUGCAGGAGAAAUUAUUCAAGGAACAUGUAUUUAUUUACUUGCGAAUGUUUGCAACUGACAGUGGAUUUGAAAUACUGCCUUGUAAUAGAUACUCAUCAGAACAGAAUGGAGCCAAGAUAGUUGCAACAAAAGAGUGGAAACGAAAUGACAAAAUAGAAUUACUGGUGGGUUGUAUUGCCGAACUUUCAGAAAUUGAGGAGAACAUGCUACUUAGACAUGGAGAAAACGACUUCAGUGUCAUGUAUUCCACGAGGAAAAACUGUGCUCAGCUCUGGCUCGGUCCUGCUGCAUUCAUAAACCAUGAUUGCAGACCUAACUGUAAGUUUGUGUCAACUGGCCGAGAUACAGCAUGUGUGAAGGCUCUAAGAGAUAUUGAACCUGGGGAAGAAAUUUCUUGUUACUAUGGAGAUGGGUUUUUUGGAGAAAACAAUGAGUUCUGCGAGUGUUACACUUGUGAAAGACGGGGAACUGGUGCUUUCAAAUCCAGAGUGGGACUGCCCGCGCCUGCUCCUGUUAUCAAUAGCAAAUAUGGACUCAGAGAAACAGAUAAACGCUUAAAUAGGCUUAAAAAGUUAGGUGACAGCAGCAAAAACUCAGACAGUCAGUCUGUCAGCUCUAACACUGAUGCAGAUACCACUCAGGAAAAAAGCAAUGCAACUUCUAACCGAAAAUCUUCCGUUGGUGUAAAAAAGAACGGCAAGAGCAGAACGUUAACCAGGCAGUCCAUGUCCAGAACUCCCGCCUCCUCCAACUCUACCUCAUCUAAGCUAACUCACAUGGACAAUUCCAGGGUACCAAAGAAACUGAAAAAGCCUGCAAAGCCUUUACUCUCAAAGAUAAAGCUGAGGAAUCACUGCAAGCGGCUGGAGCAGAAGAGUAGUUCAAGAAAGCGAAUGGGAAACUUAGUGCUUAAAGAGCCUAAAGUGGUCCUGUAUAAGAAUUUGCCCAUUAGAAAAGACCAGGAGCCCGAGGGACCAGUCCAAGCUGCAGUGGCCAGUGGGUGCUUGACCAGACAUGCGGCCAGAGAACACAGGCGGAAUCCUGGGAGAGGUGCUCACUCGCAGGGUGACAGCUCGCCCUGCACCUACACAACCAGGCGCUCAGUGAGGACCAGGGCGAACCCUCCGGAGGCCUCAGACAUCAAGCUAGAACCAAAUACGCUGGAGGACUGUAAUGGCGCAGUGGAGCCUUGCCUGGACAGUGGUGAGCAGCCGGCCCCCGACAGGCAGGAAGAACUGGCUAGCGAGACUGCACAGAAGGGGGAAGCACGUCACAAGAGUGACCCCAGCUUGUCCAGGAAGAAAUCACGACAAGGAAAACUUGUGAAGCAGUUGGCCAACAUAGUGGAGUCCACCCCGGUGCAGGACUGCCCUGGACAGGACAGUGCGGUGCCAGUGAUGGCACCCCACUCUGACCAGGGCGAGCCCAGCGGUGUGGCAGGGGCGCCCGUGAGCUACACAGACUGCACUCCCUCGCCCAUCGGGUGCUCGAUCGUCACGUCAGACAGCUUCAGGGCGAAGGACGGCUUUAGAACUGCUAAAAGCAAAAAGAAGCGGCGAAUCACAAGGUAUGACGCCCAGCUGAUCCUGGAAAAUAACUCUGGGAUUCCCAAAUUGACUCUCCGUAGGCGCCACGAUAGCAGCAGUAAGACGAACGACCAGGAGAAUGACGGGGUGAAUUCUUCCAAAAUAAGCAUCAAGUUAAGUAAAGACCAUGAAAAUGAUAACAAUCUCUAUGUAGCAAAGCUCAAUAAUGGAUUUAACUCAGGAUCAGGCAGUAGUUCUACGAAAUUAAAAAUCCAGCUAAAACGGGAUAGAGGAAAGUAGGGGGCCCUAUGCAGAGGGGCUGCAUGAAAUGGGGUCUGCUGUAGCGACCCCCUCUCUCUCCUGGAGUCCCAGAUGGAAGUGGAUGGCUACGGUCAGUAUGAGGAGGAAAGCACGGACGACUCCUCCUCCUCGGAGGGGGACGAGGAGGAGGAGGACUACGAGGAUGACUUCGAGGACGACUUCAUUCCUCUUCCUCCAGCUAAGCGGUUGAGGCUGAUCGUCGGGAAAGACUCCAUAGAUAUUGACAUUUCUUCAAGGAGAAGAGAAGAUCAGUCUUUAAGGCUUAAUGCAUAACUUCUUGGUCUGACUGGACCUGGGAUAGCUACUUUAAAGAAAUAAAAAUUCCAGUCGAUUAUUCCUCAACUGAACCAUUUUAGUGGCAGCACUUCUAUCGUCUCUUCACUUGUCAGCAUACUAUUGUAGAAAGUGUACAGCGUACUGACUCUUCCUAAGUCUGAUUUGUGCAAAUUUUUAUCGUACUUUUUAAAUAGCCUUCUUAUGUGCAAUCUGAUUAGAGGUGACGCCCUAUUGUAAAAUACAGGCUCCAGCAAAAUUGUACAGUGAGAGCAGCUUUCCACAUGGGACGUUGAGACAAUAAUGUGGCUCCACAAUUUUUUUUAAACUUUUAAGAGCAUCAGCUGGCUCUUUAAUAUAUGACUAAACAAUAAUCUAAAACAAAUCAUAGUAGCAGCAUAUUAAGGUUUCAAGUAUAUGCUAAUAUCACCAGCAAUGAUCUUUGGCUUUUUGAUUAUAAUUUGCUAGAUGUUUCCCCCCCGGAGUUUUGUCAGUUUCACACUGUUUGCGGGCCCAGGUGUACUGUGUUGGCCUCUGUUGACAUAGCAAACCAUCGGUCGGAGUCAGAGUGAUUUCUUUACAAAACAAAAAUAUACCCUCCCACGUGAGGUGGCCCGCUGCUGAGCACACUGUAUGUCUGGGGUCAGCAGCGGGCAGGAUGAGUUUCAGAGCAGCGUAUUUAUUGCUUGUCAUGUACAUUAAAGACCUUGUAUUUAACACUUUUCAAUCCUUUUAGAUAAAAUGGUUCUUUGCGAGAAUGAUUGGUGCUUACUUUUUCAAAACCCUGCUGUGAACACGCGACGGCAACAAGCAGCGUUAUCUAUGAACUGCAGCUGUCUUAAUCUGUUCUUCAAGUUUCUGUUGCACUUGUAAAAUGCUACAAGGAGUAUUAGAAAAUCUAUUCACUUUAACUUAUAAUAGUUUAUGAA